CUAGCAAUUAACCAAGCUAGCCUGCUUCUACCUACACUAAAUCGUCUCUGAAUUUCUCAGCUUCUCUGCUUCAGCGUAGAUCCCUGCUGCAAGCACUAGACGAUCGAGUGAUCGGCGUGUUGGCACCAUAAGACAUGUCCUUCUCCAAGGGCUCUUGGGUCGCACUUGCCUUGCUCCUCUUCGCUGCUCUCGUGUCCUCCGUCAAUGGCGACCACAAGCUCUCCGCCAGGUACUACGAUAAGACGUGCCCCAACGUGCAGCGCAUCGUUCAGACAGUCAUGGCGAACACGGUCGCCCGAGACCCGACGGUGUCACCCGCCAUCCUUCGCCUCUUCUUCCACGACUGCUUCGUUAACGGAUGCGAUGCCUCUGUUCUUCUGGAUAGCACACCCUUCUUCGAGAGCGAGAAGGAUGCGGUGCCGAACACUUCCGUCCGCGGCUACGAGGUGAUCGACGAGAUCAAAUCUGUGUUGGAGCACAACUGCCCGGCCACCGUCUCCUGCUCCGACAUAAUCGCCCUCGCUUCCCGCGACGCCGUCGGCAUGCUCGGAGGGCCCAGCUGGACAAUGUCACUCGGCCGUAAGGACUCGCGCACUGCAGACAAAGACGGUGCCGAGAACCUCCCCAGCCCACACGACAACUUCACCGCGCUUGUCUCCACGUUCAGAGAGCGCGGCCUCAACUCCCACGACAUGACCGCGCUCUCCGGCGCGCACACAGUCGGGAUGGCCAACUGCAAAAAUUAUAGAGAUCGCGUCAAUGAUGACAUCGACAUCGACGCCUCCUUCGCCGAGACCAGGCGGAAGACACGUCCGACCGGUUACAGUGAAGGUGGCAUGACGCCGUUUGAUGAACAAACACCCAUGAGAUUUGACAACGCCUAUUACAAGGAUCUGAUAGCGCGACGUGGCCUUCUCAGCUCGGACCAGGCGCUCUACGGCUCUGGUGGGCGGCAAGAUGAUCUCGUGAAGAUGUACAGCACAAAGGGAGGGGUGUUUGCGAAGGACUUCGCCAAAGCCAUGAUAAAGAUGGGUAACAUAUCACCGUCUAAGGAGACACCGGUGGAGGUUAGGCUUAACUGCAGGAUGGUAAACUGGUGAUGAACUGGUG